CAGUCUGUUUCGAUUUAGACAUCAAUCUGGACCCCCACCCGCCGCUUGCUUGUACCAUCCAAUUCCCCUCUCUGGGCCACGUGGGGCUCGAUGUUCCUAGCCCCUGGUCGGACUCGGACGGAUCCUGUGGGCAAAUCCGUCAUGCCCCACUGGCAGCCUCUCCAAGCGUCGUCGCUCUCUGCCUCUUCCCUUCUGUAUCCAUCCCCCUCCAGUUGCCAUCCCAGCCAUGGUGCCCCUCGGCUGGCUCUUUCUCCUCGUUUACUCCGGGCUGGCCUUGGCGGGCCGCCCGCGAACCGACGAAGGCUGUGUGACGGCGGUGUACACCGCCCUGAGCUAUCUCUCGUUUGCGGGCGAGCCUGCGGACGGUUUCUGGGAGACGCGCUGCCAAAACCCGCUCCAGGUGACCUCCAUCUAUGCGGCCUCUGAUGUCUAUUGUACUCCUGAUGAGGAAACCACGGGGACUGCUCAGCUGGAAGGAUUCUGUCGGGAAUUCGGCAGAAUGGACUUGAUUCCGCGCGCCCAGCUAGCGGAGAAUCUCACUCGCCAUGCGCUCAGUCGGAUGCCGGUCGUCGAUUAUCUUGAGAUCUCGCGGUCACAACGUCUUCCAACGCCGGUCCUGAUCUCGCCAUCUUACUAUCGUCGGACUUUCGAGACUAUUGAUACUUGGCAAUUUGAGGUGUGGUCGCACAAUGCAUUCGGCCUCGCGGGGUACGCCUUCUGGGGCUCGAUCUUAGUAGCGGGGAUUACCCAUCGCCUGGUGCGACACAUCUUACACUCGCUGGACGUUCGGGCGGGACAAUGGUCGCGAUCACGAAUCAGAUGGCUAUGGAUACCGUUGGAUGGGCUUUAUCACUGGCUGCAGACUCACCUGGUGGUCUCUUCGCCGUUGUCAUCGUCACGGCGGCAGCUCCUCUGGUGGACGUUUCCCACGCGCAUCGAAGCCGUCACCAUCCUUCUGUUCUGGGUGCUGAGCGCUGUCUUUUGCACCUUGGGAUACCGGGCGGUUGAGGGGAAUAUCUAUUGGCCCUCGAUCUCGUCCCAAAUUCUGCGUUAUGCCGCUGAUCGGACCGGUGUUUUGUGCUUUGCCAAUAUUCCUCUGGUAUGGCUUUUUGCCGGACGCAACAACAUUUUUAUCUGGGCAACCGGCUGGAGUUUCGCGACAUUCAAUUUGUUUCACCGACAUAUUGCCUGGAUCGCUACUCUUCAGGCUGUCUUCCAUACUCUUCUUUAUCUGGUGAUUAUGUAUCAAAAAGGCAAUAUCUUGAAGAAGCUUCGAAAGCCGUACCUAGUUUGGGGAACUGCAGCGACCGUGUUGAUGGUGUUGGUUCUGCCAUUCGCAGUGCAGUGGUUUCGCCAUCGACUAUACGAGACCUUUCUUUUCAUCCACAUUCUCUUCUCCCUAGGACUACUGGUCGGUUGCUUCUAUCAUACGAUCAUCUUCGAGGGUCACGAGUACUGGAACUAUCUGUGGCCUGCAGUCGUGAUCUGGAUCCUCGAUCGAUCUCUCCGGUUAGUUCGGCUGGUCUAUUGCAACCUCCACGUACGACUCAACAAGGGCAACCAAGUACAAUGUACCAGCAGCUCUGCGACAUACGAUCCAGCAGCCGACGUCAUCCGCCUCGAAGUCACACCAGGAUCAUCCAUGAUAUGCUCAACUCCAGGGGACUUCUACUACCUCUACCAAUCCUUCCGACUCACCGGCUGGGAAAGCCAUCCAUUCACCCUGGGCUACUGGUCCUACGAGACCCGCUAUCAAACACCCCAAACCCCCCGCGUGUCCAAAGACGACCACACUGUAGACGUCACGCAAGUCCCCCUUCUCUCCGACUCCUCAUCCGGAUCAUCCAACACCCCCGACGAAAUGCAACUCAAGCACACCUCCGACCAACACGACCUCAAAUUCAUCUUCUGGAUCCGCCCAUACGACGGCUGGACGCGUUCCCUCCGCCAACAAUGCACCCAAUCUCCGGAUCUCACCAUCAACAGGGCCAUCCUCCUCGAAGGGCCCUACGGGAAUCACUUCCCGCUGUGGAACUACGAAUCCGUCCUUCUCAUCGCCGGCGGCACCGGCAUCGCCGCCGUAGUUCCCUACAUCCAAGACCAUCUCCUCCGUUCAUCUUCCGAUUCAGAGCAACCCACCACACAAACCCGAGAAAUGCACCUCAUCUGGGUAACCCGCCAAGCCCCCUUCAUCCACCAAAUCGCCACCCGCGAACUCGCCCCCGCUCUAGCCCGCGAUGACUUCCGCGCCUCAUUCUACACGACUGCCCCAACAUCCACUCCCACGGACGACGCCCCCGCCCCAAAUCCCUCCCCCGGUCACGAAAACAAAAUCGAGACACUUCACGGCCGACCAGACCUCGAAUCUAUGAUCUUAGACCACGCGCAGGAAGCCCAACUCAGUGAAUCGUCCGCGGCCGUGCUGGUGUGUGGGCCCGUGGCGUUGGCGGAUGAGGCGCGUGCGGCGGUGCAUUUGGCGAUGAGACGGGGGUAUCGGCGGAUACGGUUCGUGGAGGAGUCGUUUAGUUGGUGAUGGUAUGAUCAGAUGUCUCGGUAUGAUAUACUUGGUUACGAAUAUGGAUAUGGAUAUGGAUAUGUGAAUAUUUGGGGCCUUGUGGCCCAGGUACGUAUGUUGUGCAUGACUUGCUUGAAUAGAAUUAUGUCGAUAGCUCUUG